CAAGGAUGGCAGUGAUUUGGACUCUGUGGGAGAGGAACACAAGGGGCUUGAUGAAAAAGAAAGGCCCUCCGAAGAGACAGACCCGCCAGCAAGAGAUACCCGGGAGACAAGGGAGGUGGGAAAUGAGGCCUCCCUCUUCGCCCAAUGUCCAAACACUGGGGUUUCCUUCUGAGCAUUUCCAUAGCUGGGUACGCACAACUCACCAAGGCAGAGAUGACAGAGAGUCCAUUUCCAGGAUUCAGGCGUGUUCCUCAGAGAUGAGUAACUGGAGGGGAUCUCCUGAUGUCAGCCCUCCCUGGAACUCCAGGACAUCCAUGACUGCUUCCUCUACCAUUUCCUUUACUGCCCCACCCCCCGAUCUUUUUUUCGCAAUACUCACAUACUUCUCCCCAUUUCUCUCUGUUUCUGGUCAAGCGUAUAACCCACCAAAUCUACAGCCCCUGCUUAUCUUCAUUGUAACAUCUCUCCCCCUUCCCCAAUCUGCCUUUUUCACUGUCCCCCUCCUCCGCUCACUGAUUCCCACUCUUCCCCCAGGAAGUGAGCUCAUGAAACUAGUUUGCACUGGGGCUGGGCUCCACAUUUUGAACCAUCUCCUGCCUCUAUGCCUGCUCCAUUCUACAUAA